GUGAGUGCGGCGCACGGCGGUACUUGAGCGUCAGUCUCCAUUGGAGACGGUUCAGCGUCAGGCUCAGCAUGACGGCGCGGCAGUGAAGCCCCAUCCAGCGUCCCGAAGCGAGUGAGCCGGGUAGGGAGAGCCGGGGAGCAGCCCGCCAUGCAGUGGGGGGCCGGGGGCCACUGAACGCAGAGCCCAGUGCAGGGAGCCUCACACCCCCUCCCCGCAGUGGGAAGGGAGACCAGCUUUCUGCCCCAAGUGGAGAUGAAGAAGCACUCUGCCAGGGUGGCCCCGCUGAGCUCAUACAGCACGCAGGUCCUCACCUGCCCCGUCUCCGAAGGAGAGGAUGGCUCCGAGUCUCAUGCGGAGACGCUGGCCAGCGAGGCCAGUGGGGAGCAGGGGCAGUGCCAGUCGUGUGCGAGUACUAUCCUGAAGGUGCUCGGCGGCCUGCUGGUGGUUGUGUUCAUCUCCUCCUCUUGGGUGGGCACCACGCAGGUGGUCCAGCUCACCUUCCAGUCCUUCUCCUGCCCGUUUUUUAUCACGUGGUUCAGCACCAACUGGAACAUUCUCUUCUUCCCCCUUUACUAUUCUGGCCACCUGGUCACCACACGGGAGAAGCAGUCGCCCAUUCAGAAAUUCAGGGAGUGCAGCCGCAUCUUCGGGGAGGAAGGGCUGACGUUAAGGCUGUUCGUGAAGCGCACGGCGCCCUUCUCCAUCCUGUGGACCCUCACCAACUACCUGUACCUGCUGGCCCUGCGCAAGCUGACGGCCACCGACGUCUCCGCGCUCUACUGCUGCCACAAGGCCUUCGUGUUCCUGCUGUCCUGGAUCGUACUGAAGGACCGCUUCAUGGGUGUGCGGAUCGUGGCAGCCAUCAUGGCCAUCACUGGCAUCGUCAUGAUGGCCUAUGCCGACGGUUUCCAUGGUGACUCCAUCAUAGGCGUGGCUUUGGCUGUGGGCUCCGCCUCCACAUCUGCCCUCUACAAGGUGCUGUUCAAGAUGUUUCUGGGCAGCAGUAACCUGGGCGAGGCGGCACACUUCUUCUCCACGCUCGGCUUCUUUAACCUGGUCUUCAUCUCCUGCGUGCCGCUGGUGCUGUACUUCACUAAGGUGGAGCACUGGGGCUCCCUGUCCACGUUGCCCUGGGGGUACCUCUGCGGGGUGGCGGGGCUCUGGCUGGCAUUCAACAUCCUGGUCAACGUGGGAGUGGUGCUCACCUACCCCAUCCUCAUCUCCAUCGGGACCCUGCUCAGCGUGCCUGGCAAUGCAGCCGUGGACGUGCUGAAGCACGAGGUGAUAUUCAGUGUGGUGCGUCUGGCGGCCACCUGCAUCAUCUGCCUGGGCUUCCUGCUGCUGCUGCUGCCUGAGGAGUGGGACUCGGUCACGCUGCGCUUCCUGACUGCCUUCGCCGACAAGAAGGCCGAGGAGCACGGCGAGGAGCUCACCGAGUCCAGCGUGCACACGCGCAGCCGCGCCAACGGCGCCGUCUCCAUCCCGCUGGCAUGACCUCGCCCUCGCCGCCCACCGGCCAAUGACCCGCCUCGCACAAACCCCUGCCCCCCAUCCCAUACCUGCUGGGGGAGAGUGACUCUGCAAUACUGAAUGUAGAGUGCGGCACCGGGAAGGAGCCGGAAGCAGAAUUAUGAUGGGAAAAGGCAACUCUCUGCUGUCAUGCCUUUAAGAGGAGUCUGUCAGAUUUGAAUGAUUGACUGUGUUAAAGGGAAGGUGAAAUUUACUCUCUCUGCCUUCCUGGCCACACCCCCCCUCCCCCAGACUACAACCAUCCCACCAUGGACUGUAUUCUGUGAAUAUAAACGUUGACAGGGCCAAUAUGGCCCAAUCUUAUCUGUAUUUAAUUAAACGCUUGGAAAAGUAUAUCAACAGGGAACAGAGACUAAUAAAGUAUUAUAUAGAGGAAUGGGUGUAAAAUAAAUCAUGCUUGAUAAACAUUUUUAAUAAAAGGAAAAUUAGGCAUUAAUUGACUUGAUUUUCUUCCUUUUCUUGUUUUAACAAAAUGUGUCUCUGUACAAAAAAUGUUAACUGAUCAAUCCUUAUAGCUGCAGAUUUCUAACUCCUCGAAGCACCGAUGUUUUCGCUACACGCACUGAUACCCUGUUACGUGGGAAGGCAGGCAAAGUAUCCAUAGGAACUGAUCAUGAUGACGAGAGAUGUAAGACUUGAAGUUAAGUGUCUCACUGGUGCCUCUCUCAGGCGGUAUGGAGCAGCGGCUGCAUCAUUUAUGGCUGUGAGAGGAGACUUCGGACUUUAGAUUCUUUAAAGCAGGAGUAGCCGAUCUUGUCCAUAAAGGGCCGGUGCGUAUGCAGGCUUUUGGGUUAACCUUUAAUUCAGCUGUUCAAACCCAGGUGUGAGGACCUUUCAGACAAUCUGUCCUCUA